AUGCCAACCCGAGACCCUCGCCGUGGCUCCCCACCGGAGCCGUUCAUCGGCGUCAGCAUGGAGCACGCGGAGGACCUCCUGCAGGGCCACGGCUUCGGCCCCGAGAUGCUGGGGGUCGGCUUGGACAUGAUGAGAACCGUCGUCCACCGCUCCCUCCCCAAGCCGCCCGUCUCCACCGCCGUCCCUCUCUCGCUCGCCGGCGCGGCUUGGGUCCCCGGCGGCGCCGACCGCAUCAGCGCCCUCCCAGAACAAGUCCUCCAGGACAUCAUCUCCCGCCUCCCCGCGGCGGACGCCGCGCGCACCUCGGCGCUCGCCUCGCGCUGGCGCCCCCUCUGGCGCUCGGCGCCCCUCGUCGUCGCCGACACCCACUUCCUUCCGAACGGACGGCAGAUCGCGCUCGGCGUCGGCGAGGAGGAAUCGCCCGGGCUCGCAGACCUCGUCACCCGCGUGCUCGCGGCGCACCCGGGGCCCUUCCGCUGCGUCCACCUAACCCGCACCGCCAUGGACGCGCACCGGGGCGAGAUCGCGCGCUGGCUCGACGUCCUCGCCGCCAAGGGCGUCCAAGAGCUCGCCUUCAUUAACCGCCCGUGGCCGCUCGACAUCCGCCUCCCCGCCACGCUCUUCCGCUGCGCCCCCCUGACGCGCCUCUUCCUCAGCGCCUGGAGGCUCCCGGACACGGCCGCCGUACCGCGCUCCGCCGCCUUCCCCAACCUCCGGGAGCUCGGCCUCUCCCUCGUCGCGAUGGAGGACCGCGACCUCGCCUUCCUGCUCGACAGAAGCCCCGUCCUGGAGAUCCUCACCAUCGUUGCGGCUCAGGGCGGAGUGCGCCUCCGCCUUAUCAGCCACAGCGUGCGGUGCGUUCAGCUCUGCUAUUCCAUCCUGGAGGACAUCUUGGUGGUGGACGCCCCUCGCCUGGAGAGGCUCUUGCAGUGGACUUGGGGCCUCGGCAGUAACUCCGACAAGUGCUGCAGGGUCAAGAUUGGCCAUGCACCCAACCUGCGUGCUAUUGGAUACCUUCAACCAGGAGAGCAUGACUUGGAGAUUGGCAACACCGCUAUCAAGGCUGGGACUAAGUUGAGCACCAGCACCCUUGUCCCGAGUGUCCAGAACUUGGCCUUGGAACUCACAUUCCAAGUUCGCAAUGACCUCAAGAAGGUGCAUAACUUCCUCCGAUGUUUUCCCAACAUCGAGACGCUCCAUAUUAGGUCCGAAAAGGCUCGUGGGGAGUCUACUGGCAAGGUCGGUCUCAAGUUUUGGCUCGAGGGCAGUCCCAUUGCGUGUAUCCGGCAGCACUUGAAGAAGAUAAUUUUCCAUGACUUCCGAGGGUCGACAAAUGAAACUGCUUUCCUCAAGUUCAUCGCUGAGAAUGCUCGGGUGCUGGAGAAUAUGGUUAUUGUGGUGUCCGAUUGGUUGUUGUCUUCGGGAGUUGAUGUGCGUGCUAUACUGAAGCAUCUGACUUGUGCAAAAUGGGCCAGCGGAGCUUGUAAGUUUCAAGUUUUCAAGAGCAUACUCAGGGAAGGGGAGCGUCCGGUUUAUGGGGUCCGACUAGCUUCUGAGGUUUUGCCAUCCGACCCUUUUGACAAGAUCUACUAUCGUGAACCACUGUUGUAG